CUCGACUUGGAAAAACUCUCCAUCGUUCUCUCGUCUCUCUCUAUAUCCUUCUCUCUCUCUUCAAGAGAAAGAGAAGAAAAAAUAAAAGCUCUUCAAAAAAUGGGAAAGUACGGGGAGAUGUUGGAUCUAGGCGUGAGAAUAGUGGCGAGGUUUCAUUCUCACUGUCCUCAGACAGCGCGUCUCUAUUACCAUCCUCCUUCUGACGGCCACCACCGUCGCGGCGUCACUGAUUUAAUCGGAGGUGGGGUAACGGGUGGGUCAGGUCAAGAUUCGACGGUGUUGGUUGGUGGGUUAGGAACAGGAACUGGUGCUGGUUGCGGUGUCAAGUCUUCUCAGGUGUAUGAAGACGCCAGAGAUCUCUUGUUGUUCUCUGUUGUUUGAUUGAUUUGUCAACAAAAAAGUAAAAAAAAAAAAACAUAUUCAUUUGGUUACGUUAUUGAUUGAGAAAACUGUUUCUUGUGAGGUUUUGAUGUUACAUUAAAACAUCUCUGGAUUCCAAAACUAUUGGAUGUUGAUGAAAAUUUGAUUAUUAUUAUUUUUUGUUUGUUUGACUUGGUUCGGUAUUAGGUUGCUGCAUCUUUGGUUUAACCCCUCGUAAUAUUUAUUGACGAAGUUAUUUGCCU